GGGGGUGGGGGUGGGGGGGGACUCUGGUGGAGGAGGUAACGCUGCAGUGCGGACAAACGGGCUGGAGCCGGAGAACCUGACACCACAGACCCACCCGGCUCUGGAUCUGCUUCUGUCCGGGGUUUAGCUCCUGGCUCGGGAACCAGCAGGAGGUACUGGGAGGGAGGACCCCCCAUCCCCUCGCCCCCCCACCUCCUCCCCCUCCUCCUCAGGACCAGGACCGGGACGGCAGCAGCGUUUAAUGAGCGCCUCUGGACUCUGAGGAGAAUCUAAAACCCUCUUCGGUUUCUACCGGACUCGGUGCGUCCUGAUCCUUGCAGGGAGACCGCUCCACACGGGACGACCGGUCUGAGGACGCGCCCGGUCUGGUCUGACAUCGGGGCGGAAGGGGGGCCGAUAAAGGAGAAAUAAAUAGUGGACCCUCGGCUCUGUGGAGGGACGCUGGUUUUUCUGGACCUGGACGUUUUGUGCCGAAAUAAAAUCCCAGAUGAAGAUUCCCAAAAGGCGGAAAAGGAGCGGACGGUGCGCCAGAUAAAUGGCAGUUUUAAGCAGGGAGCUGCUCGUGUUCUGUCUAGCUGGCAUAUGCAGUGCAUAGUCCCUAGCCUCCUGGACAACGCCAACAUGAAUGGGACGUCCGAGCAGGCCGACAUCCUGCCACCAAACUGCAUGGUCAAAGACCGAUGGAAAGUGCUGAAGAAGAUCGGUGGGGGGGGGUUUGGGGAGAUCUACGAGGCCUUGGACCUGCUGACCCGGGAGAACGUGGCUCUGAAGGUGGAGUCAGCACAGCAACCCAAGCAGGUGCUCAAGAUGGAGGUGGCGGUGCUGAAGAAAUUACAGGGUAAAAACCACGUCUGUAAGUUUAUUGGCUGUGGGAGAAAUGACAAAUUCAACUACGUGGUCAUGCAGCUUCAGGGCCGUAACCUGGCCGACCUGAGGAGGAGUCAGCCCAGAGGAACCUUCACCUUGAGCACCACGCUGAGGCUGGGGAAGCAGAUCCUGGAGUCCAUCGAAGCCAUCCACUCUGUGGGCUUCCUGCACCGGGACAUCAAGCCGUCCAACUUUGCGAUGGGUCGCCUCCCCUCCACCUACAGGAAGUGCUACAUGCUGGACUUUGGUCUGGCCCGACAGUACACCAACACCACGGGGGAGGUCCGACCGCCGAGGACUGUGGCCGGUUUCAGAGGGACGGUCCGCUACGCUUCAGUCAACGCUCAUAAAAACAAGGAGAUGGGUCGCCAUGACGACCUGUGGUCCUUGUUUUACAUGCUGGUGGAGUUUGCUGUAGGACAGCUGCCGUGGAGGAAGAUUAAAGAUAAGGAACAAGUGGGUCAGAUCAAGGAGCGCUACGACCACCGCAUGCUGCUCAAACACAUGCCUUCAGAGUUCAGUGUCUUCCUGGAGCAUGUCCUGGCCCUGGACUACUACACCAAACCAGAUUACCAGCUGCUGAUGUCAGUCUUUGAGAACAGCAUGAAGGAGCGAAUCAUCACGGAGAACGAGCCCUUCGACUGGGAGAAGGGAGGAAGUGAUGUCACGUUGUCAACCAGUGCCUCCACCCAACCACAGCACAACACCCGUCCCACCGCCGCCAUGGUGGGAGCCAUCGUGACUCCAGUUCCUGGAGACCUGCAGAGGGAGAACACAGAUGACGUUCUGCAGGAUGAACAUCUCAGCGAUCAGGAGAAUGCCCCCCCAGCCCCCCCCAGCCGACCCCCGGGGGACACGGGUGUCCAGCAGGCCGCCGAGCCGGGCGAGGCCUGGGAGGACACAGACUUCAACCGCAACCGACUCAGGAUCAGUCUGAACAAGGGGGCUCAAGAAGAGGAGGCGAGUCGGGGGGCGUGUCCAGUGUCUCCGGUCCGAGGCGUGGUCCCAGAGUCGCCCACGGGCCAGGGUCGGUCCUUGAGAUACCGGCGGGUCAACAGCCCCGAGUCUGACCGGCUGUCUGCUGCUGAGGGACGCGUGGACGGCUAUGGACAGAGGUCCAGGAUGGACAUGCUCGGCUCUCCGUCCCGUCACGUCUACUCGUCCCAGCCGGCUCAGAUGCUGUCAGUCGACCCCGGUUGCCGUGGAGACCGCCAGGCCAGCGGCCGCCAGGAGGUGUCGGUGGCGUCAGUCGACCAGGAGGCGCACAGCAACGCCUUCAUCCGCUCCGUCCCGCUGGCCGAGGAGGAGGACUUCGACAGCAAAGAGUGGGUGAUCAUCGACAAAGAGGCGGAGCUAAAGGACUUCCAUCCGACCACGUCAGGAACCACCGACGAGGAGCCCGAGGAACUGAGGCCCCUGGAGGAGCAGGAGGAGAGGAGGAGGCUCCGGUCUGGAGCGGGGGAGCUGGUGGUUCGUCCAAAGACUCACACCCGGGACAGCAGCCGGGCAAUGCUAACGUUAACGGAGGAGGAGGCGUCGAGGAGGAGCGGUGGGAGCCCCGUCCAGUCGCCCUGCCACUCGCUGCCGUCGGGACGCCCCCGCCGACGAGAAUCUGAGCCCACUGGACCUCAAAGACCGGUUUUGUCGCCCACGGAGCAGAGCGCCCCCUCUCCUCCCUCGCCAGACUACCGGACCAAGGCCCAGAGUGAUGAGAAGGAGCAUUUCCACAUCCUCCCUCAGCUUCAGGCCAAGAGGGCCGCCUUCCUCACCGUCAUGCUCACCGGUACCUUGCCUCAGCGCCGGAGCUUUGCCACGCCAGACCAAGAGGUCCCAGAACCCCCGGGACCAAAGGACGACGACGUCACAAAGAGUGAGUCCAACAGCGAGGCCAGUCAGAAGAGCACCGAGCGUAGCCAGGACGCGGCGCCUUCAACGCUCAUGGCCGAGGACCAGAGGGGCCAGAGGGACCACGCUUCAGCUGCAGACGCAGACCCUGAUCUGGAGGACGCGUCCAAAACCCUCGUCCUCUUCUCUCCCGGAGACACUCGCAAAUCUCCCUCCGGGGGCGACCACGGUAUAGAGGGCGAGCUGGCCACGCCCUUCGCUCUCAUUUCUCGUAACGACCGCCUCCUGGUCGGGGAUGCCGCCCAGCCCGAGUCCUCAGAGACCGGUCGUUUGUCCCCGGCACUCAGGUCAGACCUGAGGCCUUCCACCCCCAUCGCACCCGCAUCACCCCCCUUCACCAAAGUGGAGCGCACAUUCAUCCAUAUCGCAGAGACAUCUCACCUCAAUGUCAUGUCUUCCAACGGUCACUCUGCCAGAGACAGUGACCGGGAAGUGUUUGCCAUCAUGAAGGAACCAGCUGCAGAGGUCGUCCCCCAUGAGCAGGAGGCAGCUCUAGACCAGUCCAGAGAGGAGCCCAUACCAGACCCAGCACCGGCCGACAAACACCCCAUAGCUGAGAAAGUUCCAUCACCCGUCCUGGUCCAGUCUUUGGAGAUUGUCCCAGAGGCCACAUCACCAGGGCAGAGGCAUUCAGACCUGGACCCUAAUAAACCACCGACAUCCAGUGCAGGAUCCUCCUUUCUCCAAACAGCUGGGCCAGAACCACCAGCCGCUGUCAAGCCCCGGAUCAGAAGCCGAAUCCCUAUACUGAUCUCAGAAGAGGACUCAGGCUCAGAGCAGUCGUCCUCCCUCUCAGCUCGGGCUCGACUUCAGCAGCGUUCCAGACAACUGGACCUGGCCCGCCUGUUGGUCCAGAGGCAGCAGGGUCGCUGGAUGAGGAGAAGGAUGGUGUCCGGGACGUCCUCCUCGUUGUCUUCAGGGGACGACGAGCGGCGGAGGCCUUCCGAAACCCUGUCCACCACCGGUUCAGAGGAGGACACGCAUACCUCAGACGAGUCCAGGAGGAGCCCCCGGCUCAAACCGACCGAAGAGCUCGGCUCCAAGGAGUCCCGAAGCAAGAUCCCCAGGCCCGUCACCCCGGUUAAGAGACCUUCAGGGGGACUGGCUGCUCCGUCUCCGCUGUCCUUGCCAGACACUAGCGCAACCAAAGGAGCAUCGUCCUUCAUUAAUGGGACUCAGAAAAGUGGGGCUCUCGGUGCCCAACGGAAAUCCAAGCCUGUCUCAGCCAGGCCCUCCUCUUCAUGUCCCCGUCCCCCCACCGUCCCCGUCCCAUCUGGUAGCCCUCGGAUGCCCCUUCGUGUCCUGUUUGGAGCCCGGCGCAGCCUCAGCUCCACACACUGCAGAACUGACAGCCCCUCCCCUCAGAGAGCAUGCCCGUCCAGGCAGCCCCUCUCGGUUCGAGCCCCAACCGUCCCCAUGCUACCCCCCAGGACUACAGCGACCAUGCGGCGCAGCGCCUCACAGGAAGCCACCGCUCAGUCCUCCUCCACCUCCACCACCACCAGGACCAGGCCCAAACCAGCUGGUGCAGCUAAGGCCAAACCCAACGCCAGGGAGAAGGUGGUGCCGGCUAGAUAAUACAAAGAGACUCCACUCUGAGACGCCUCAAAGGAUUCACCUGAUUUCAUCUUAGACUGGGACUCCUCUCAUUCAUUUCAUCUUACUUUCUCAAAGGACACAUAACUGAAGCGUUCCCAUGGGCUUCCAGUGAUCUGUCUGCCACGGUGCUAAGGGUUUGUCUGCUGCUCCUUGGUCCAUCCCUGGUUUAACUGGUUUCUGGAGCUCAGAAUCACAGAGUCCCACAUCAGAUACUGUCACAUAACACAGGACUCCAGCUCUCCACAACUAUACUACUCUUCUAUCAACAACAGCUGCUUGGUUCACAUUGCAUGGUAAAGUAUAUCACUAAUGCGUUGAAUCUAUAGAGGGGAAAACCACAUGGACUGAACUCCUAACCUUUAAAUGAUUUGAUGAAGUUCUCCUCUUCCUAUUGGUUGGAACAAAAGAUUAAAGUGAACUGGUUUGAAGGCCCAAGCUAUGUUACCGUGAUAGGAGGUCCCUAACUAUACCCUGUACUCAUUAUGGCCUUGGAUAAAGACAAGAGUCGGAUGUGAACAUAAAAUAAUGGCUCGGCUGCUCGCCUGUUCCUCAUGGUGUGACGAUGGGCAUGCUUUAAUCAUUCUAUUUUCUGGGUGUUUUAUUUUGUUUAUGCUCUGAAUUGUAUAUAAUAGAAUCAUUUCCCAUAAAUACAUCUUUAUUUUUUAUCUUGCCAAGCAAAGUGUAAAAUGAAGUCUUUAACGUUCUGUUCCAAUGUGUUGGCUACUGAGCCUGUUUUUUACGCAUGAGAAAAACAGGGUUAACCAUGAGAGAACGUUGUACCUGCUUGGAUUCUGCUGACAGUGCAAACGUGUGCUGGUUUGUAGGAGCCCAUGUUCUGUUUGUGCAGGGUCUCUGGCACUGAGCUGUGAAGUAAAGCCUUGGUCAUGUGGAA